GCGAGAGUGACGUAUGAACAGCCGAAACGAAAACGAAAGAAAAGCCUCUUGUGCCGUUGUUAUCUUCUAUCAUAUCUGAAGAAUGGAGACAAACGGCCAAGCAAAUGGGCUUAAAUCUAAAAAAAAAGACAAUGGCGACGGGAAGGACAAUUUGUGGUCCGCUAUUUUAGAGGAAGUACAGAAUCAGGGAAACACGAAGUUGCCUUCCAACAAGAAUGUGCUGGUAUUGGGUGACAAUGAGACUGGCAAAACCACACUUGUAGCCAAGUUGCAAGGUGUGGAAGACCCAAAGAAGGGAUCUGCACUUGAAUAUGCUUAUAUAGAUGUUAGAGAUGAGUACCGUGAUGAUCACACAAGACUUAGUGUAUGGGUCCUAGAUGGGGAUCCAGGGCACACAAAUCUGCUCAAGUUUGCACUGAGCGAAGAAACAUUCCCACACACACUGGUCAUCCUGACUGUGGCCAUGACCACACCCUGGGGUGUACUAGACCAGCUACAGAGCUGGGCCUCAGUGCUCGGUGACCAUAUAGAUAAAUUGGAUCUCACACCUGAACAAAGGUUACAAAGUAAAAAGCAGCAAGUUCAGAAAUGGCAGAGGUAUACGGAGCCCGGCGACGAGUUGGAGCCGACGGCUUCGUCGCCGAUGAAACGCUCGUCGCGGAACCUGUCAGACGAACUGGACGACGACGACGAGGACAACCCGCUACCGGAAGCCGUACUUACCACGAAUUUAGGCCUUGAUAUUGUCGUUGUUGCUACAAAGACUGACUACAUGACAACGUUAGAAAAGGAGCACGAUUACCGCGACGAGCACUUCGACUUCAUGCAGCAGUGGAUCCGGCGGUUCUGCCUGCAGUACGGCGCCGCGUUGUUCUACACCAGCGCCAAAGAGGACAAGAACUGCGACCUGCUAUACAAGUAUCUCACGCACCGGAUAUACGGCCUACCAUUCAGGACGCCCGCACUCAUCGUUGAAAAGGACGCCGUUUUGAUACCGGCUGGUUGGGAUAGUAUGAAGAAAAUUAGUAUAUUAUAUGAAAACAUGCAGACGUGCAAACCGGACGAUUACUAUAGAGAUGUCAUAGUACAACCCGCUACACGAAAGAGCGGUGGUCUCAGGGAAGCGGAGGUGACCGCUGAAGACGAACAGGCAUUCCUGCAGCGACAACUGGCCGCGUUACAAGCAGGCACGCCCGCACCCAGAGCUGAUUCGCCCCUAAGGACGACCCAGAGAACCACUGCGCAGCUUGACGGCGCGAAGAUAGGCAUGAACCCCGGCACGCCUGGCAACGAGGGCGUGCUGGCCAACUUCUUCAACUCUCUAUUGUACAAGAACAAGCCCGGCUCGCCCGGAACGCGCGCGCCCGACGCGUCGCCGGCGGCGGCGGCCGCGCGGUCAGACGCAGCCGCAGAGCUCGACCGGCUCACGCGGGCCAAGCGAGCACCGCCGCCCAUCGACCUCAACACGUCCGAGUGCUAGCGCCGAGGAACUCAUGCUAGGUAUAUUAGUUUAUCGGGCGCUCAGGAUAUCGCCCGGCACGUGGAAGUGAAGCGGAGCUCGUCCGAAGGCUUCCACACCAUAUGAUACAUUGCUGGCUUGUACUUUGUGUUGUCACGCCAUACUCCACGGCCACGCGGCAACGGAACCCGUAUUAUUUAUUCCGAACGCUUGUAUUAUCGCGAAACCUUUGAGAUUUCUACCAUUUAAUAGUCGGCAAGUCGGCAGAGAGUUACAUCGAUCAAGAUUGGUCGAGCGCAGUAUACUGUAUUUAGCGAGUAAUUGGUAACAAAACAGCCAAGAUUGAUCAAGUGAUGUAUCGUGAAUGGUCGAUGAUCCGUCAGCAAAGCCAUCUGUUGACAAAAUAUAUCGUUAGUUUUAAAAAUAUUCCGAAUGUCUGUGUCGUUACGGAAAGAGAUUGGUAGUAUCGUUUGCAUGUCGAUCACGGAUGGUUGAGCGCUGUAUUGUGAUUGGUCGGUUACAGAUUUAGACAACAACGCCAUCUGUUGGAAAAUCGUAAGUUUUAUAAAUUUCCAGCCGCUGUAUUACGAAACUUUGAUGCGAUAAACUCUUUGGGACCCUUAUUAUUAGGUUGCCUCGCAAUUGUUUCGAGUAUAGAAAAAAUAAUCGAAUGCCUUUUGUUUUAAAACUAGAGUUCAUUUCCAUACUAUUUUAUUCUGGCGAUAUUCUUAAACCACAUGCAGAGUCGUCUAAUAAUGAACUCAGCCCUUCAACUCAAAUACAUUCUAAUCGUAGCACACUCAAUAAUUCCUGACGUAAAAUUCUCAGUCCUCGUAUGAAGAGGUGUCAAAAUAUAUCAAACGUCUACAUGCAAUAGAAAUGUAUAGAAGUGCUAAAACUCUUUUAAAGCAGUUUUAGCAAGAGAAGUAUAAAAACCAAUAAUAACAAUCAAAAUGCAAUAAUCGCGGGUUUCUUAAUACAGGACAGGGUUAGGACAGUAAGGCUAAAAGCAGUGAUGUACUUUAUAUAAAGGUUUAAUGUAUUGUAAUAUUAAGGAGAAAAAGGAGAAGACAUUUUUUACAUAACUUAUUAAAAAUAAUUAAUGUUUACAGUACUACCGUUUUUAUGAGUCACAUAGACAAUUAUCCUUGCCGCAGAAAAUUGUUUGGAUUGUUAGCACCAAUUAAAUACAGACUGUUGUAACGUUUAGAUUUUGCUAUACAUCAACUACUUAAACAGACUCAUCAUAAUAUAUAAUAACGUAGUUGCAACAACAUAUAAUGAUUGUGCGUUAUGAUUGGCCAAACUAUGUUCGCUACUACCGAAAAAAAAAACAAGUUCGCAUAUCAUCAUUGUUGCUUAUGAAGCGGUAAUACUGUAACUAUGUUUGUUUUAGUCUGUGGCAGCCUUAUUUGUGAAGAAUUCCUCUAAGUAUAGUUAUAAUGCACACCCCAGUCAGCCUAGCUGCAGAAUUCCAGUUGCCUUUCUAAUUCCUGGUCGAACUAGUGGACAACCCAGCCCAAGAGAUACUCAAUGUAUGUUAUUUUUUAUCUCACGGAGAAGUAGUUCAGCCACGUUAGAAGUGCAGUGUAUCCACAAGCGUAUAUGUGUGUAAACCUUAGUAGUCAUCAUGAAAAUAGAUUCGGAGCAAGUUCUAAUUGAGCAAACAAUAUGCUUUACCAUAUACGACAGGCUUGGUUUAAACUGUCUCCGUGAGCUAGAUUUAUUAAAAAAAGUACUAGACAACUUUUUACUCUGCAGCUAGUCUUGGUGGACUACAGUAGCCUAGAGUAAGUUUUAAGUUAACGUUACACAAGCGUUACGUAUUUCUGACAUAUUUGUAUGGGAUUGUCAAAUCGAGGCGUAACGUUUCUUAACUCAAAACUUACACUGGCCACAGAUUCAUGAAACGAAAUCGAGAGUUGUAAUAAUUUCCUAUUCAGUAAUAUUUUUUUACUAGAAAUAAUAAUAAUAUGUUUUAUGAUAUUAAGUAUUUAUUUAGUUAGCUUAUGUUUGAAUAUUUCGAUAAUAAAAUAAUCGACGUAGUAAAUCCCUAUGAAUCUUCGUGAGAUUAGCGAGUUUUUUUUAAAUGUAGAACUGAUUCAGUAGCGUUGAAAUAAAAUUUAAAAUAAAGUAUCCUUAAAAUAGGGUUACCAUGUUGAAGUUUAAGAUUUUAGGACUUGUUCGAUACAAUUGAUUUCUUCGUAUUUCUCUUGUGAUCAGAUAUGUAAAUGAAAAAUAAUAAAGAAUGAAGUAUUUGGACAUAUGAAAAUUCCUGUACAACUUUUUUUCUUAAGUUUCUACAGUCUCAUAUGAUUGAUUAAAAUGUUUCAGUUCUAUUUAAAUUGGUAAUAGCGAAAAUUGUGAUCUUCUAUAAAGACUGUUGGGUCAAAUGGGGAUAUUAUGCACAAUAAAGUCUAUAUUUGUACAAAUAUUUUGUAACGAUUAAAUACACUAACUAGUAAAGUUACUAAUAAAAGAGAUGAGUUUACCUGCUUGAUUUUUUUAAAGAAUUAAAUUAAAAUCGUAUAUGGUUGAUUUAAAAUUACUUUUUAUUUUUUCAAUGUAAUACAAAGACGUUUCAUAAAAUGAUAUGUUAUUAUAAUUACUUUGAAGUUACCAUAUUAAUGUUCAACUUCAAAGUGUGAGGUCAAUGUUUAGAUAUCACAUGUUUCUAAACAUGACUCAAACAAACAUAUUUCCAUUCUGUAUAACAUCAAACCUCAUAAACCAGUGGUAAAUUUAUAUUAUCAUUUAUAUUAUUUUUUUAUAUGGCAGGUAACACGAUAAACAAAAAAAUCAUACAUUCGUUGCUCAUUUUAAUAUUAUUAUCAUAGUCAAAAAUUAAAACUCAUUAAAUGUAAGGACACUAUCCACUAACGCAUAUCGAAAAUCAAUUGGAAUAGAUAUUGGAAAUCUUCACAUUACUUUUUAUUUGCAUAGAUGAUAUUCCUUAUAGUUUUAGUGGACAGCAGGCCUUAAUCUUAGAAUUGUAAUGGUGACCUUUUUGUGUUGUGUAUAUCAAAAUUUAUUUAUUUCAAAUACAUUAAUCCCUUUUGUUCACAGUAUAUUCUUUGUUUUACCCAUACUCUGUGAGGUGAUGUAAUUAUUAUGUAUAGACGUAUUUUUUUAACAUUGGAUUAUGUUCACAUUUGGUGCAAUACAGAACAUUCCAAACCUGGUUUGGUGCUUAUUAUUAUAGUAAAAUUAUCGAAUAAUAACAUGAAGUUUCAUUUUAUUCUUGCCCAACGCUCACUCAAACAAUAUGUGAUUUUCAGGCACUAAAGGUCACUAUUAAGUAAUUCAAAUACCUAAUACCUAAUUUUAAUUAAUUAAAUUAAUUUGGAGUACUUAACAUUUAUUUCAUUAGAUAUUUGUCGACACUAAACUUUAAUAUAAUACAUACUAUCCACAAAAAGCCGUUUAGAGCCCAGAAUUUCGUCCUUAAAUAAAGUUAACAGUAAUAUUCAUUGGCAUUAAUUAAAAUAUUUAGCUGCCAACUUUUGAAGAUUAUUUUUUUUCGGAUUUAUAAUAUCGUAGAUAGAUAAAUAUUCUUCAUUAAUAAAUUUAUCUAAUUUAUGAAAAAAAUAUCUUAAAUCCCAAAAUCACAAAACGUGUGGCAGUCCUAGAUUUUACAGACCAAUAUCUGAUAUUAUAUUUUAGUAUACAGAUAUUUCCAUUUCAAUUUACAGUUUACUAUCGACGGGUCUAGCAGAAACUUGGUUAUCAGUUCGAUGACGCAAAAUUCUUUAUUUUAAAUUACUACUCGCAGAAACGAUUUAUUUUUGUAGUGAGGUGUUAGGUGGCUAUAGUGCAUAUAUUAUAUUAUAUAACUUCUCCAAUCAACCUUGAUACAAUUGUAACAAAAUAACUAUAUAUAAUUAAAGUUUUAAUUGAAGUUACGUAAAUAAAUAUUUAUAGGUAUUUUGUCUAAUAAUUUAAUAAAUUUAUGUUUCAGUAAGUGUUCAGUAUAUCAUUAUAAUUCAGCAGCGGAACAUUUAUUUGCCGCCAAAAUUUUCAUCUAUCACCCAUACAUUAUAUAUUUGACAACAUUGUUGCCAAUUUACGAGUAUCAAGCAACCGACGUAAAUUAAGCUUAUCCGGCGGGACUAAAAGUAAUGCCAUUUCUUGCAAAAUAUUAUCUAUUGAAAAGAAUGGCUUGAAUUUAUAUACUGUCAUUUACUAGAAUGUAAGUGUCAAUAAAAUUGUCAAUAGGUAACAUAUUUUUGCUCAUUUAGGUUUUUACUCAUAACACUAGUCAAAACAUCAUUUCGAUUUAUGCAUAGAUAUUUCAUAUUAAAUACGACUAUUUACUGUGAUACGAUUUUAUAGAACAAAAGUAGUAUACCUAUCUUAAUUUGCACUGUUAGAUGAAUUAGCCACUUAUCAUCCUCAAAUUACGAAUAGCAAAAAAUAUUUAUAUUGUUGUGUAAGUUUCGUUCGUAAAGUAUUUAUUACUCAAUUUAUUUCAUAUAAAACUUACGAACCUUUAAUAGUGGUAAAUAUGUAGAUAAGUAAGUCUGGAGACGCAUUGCGUAGCUAUAUUGCAAUAAUCCUUCUAUGCUCAUAAUAUUGCUCUAAUAACACCCAAACAAAAGGUAACCUAAUUUAAAGUUGGUUACGUUUUGUUAUAUCACGGUUACAGAUUGCGAUAUUAAUUAUUCUAUUACAUUAAACUUAAUUGACUAGUUGACAAUCAUUUUUUCCUAAGCCGUAAUGGGUAAAUUGAAAAAUAUUGGAAUAUUGUUUGUUUUUAAAUACGAAUUGCUUGUUGUAAUCAAUUUUGUUUAAGUACUUAGUUGAAAUUAUUACUUAAAAAAUUAACGAUGCAAUAUUUAAGAAAUACAUUUCAAUGUUUUUCAUGACGUGUUUAUUAUUACCGAAAAAAUAUAGUGAUUUAAUGUUAGAUUCUGGUUCAUUAGUUAUUACGAUUUUAAUAGUUUAGAUAUUUAUAGCCAUCCUUACUUGGUUGUAUAAUCGUCAAAUGGAAAUUAAUGUGGAUUAUUACUAUUUCUGUUAGAAUUUUUAACCAAAGGAAACUAAAUUUUAAUUUCUAAAGAUAUUGCCACGAUUGGUAUUGUUGGUAUCUUUUUGUUAUCUACCUUACCAAUGCUGAUAUGGAUGGCUUGAAUUUAAAUUCUGCCAAUUUUUAGGGCUCAAAACUUAAUACCUAUUAACUAAAUAGAUUUACUUUAGUUAAACAUUUAUGUACACCAGAACUAGUACAAUAAUUUUAUUACCAAGCCUUAAAUAUAAAUUUAUCGUAAUAUAAAUUACUUUGCAUACAGAAAAAUAUUAAAUUGUUUGUAAUCAGUGUAAAAUUAUAAAAUGCUAUGUGCAAGAUGGAAUAUAUUUAAUAGAUUCCAAUAAGUCGCCAAGUUAAGUUUGGUUGGUCUAUACCGAUAUUACAAUUUUAUAGCUUAGUUUAAUAACCACAGAAUAUAGUUAAUAUUUCAAUAAUAAUUAUACUUAUAAUUGCUAACAGCAAAUGCUUAAUAAACACUUGAUAAAAGUGUAAAUGGGAAUGUUAGUGGCUCUUCAAAUAAUUAUAUAUAGACGCGGCCGUGCAGGGCUUGGAAGUCUCUGAAUAAUUGCCGUAGCUGCUAAUCUAUUAUGAUUGCCGUAACUAAAUAAUGAAUUCGUAAUUCUUGUUAUCAGACAACAGUACUAAACGAAUGUACAAUUUCAAUUAUUUUCAUCAGCACUGUUGAUGUUUUUAAUAGAAAUAACGUAAAUUACAAGUUAUUAUAACACACACACUCAACUUUGUAUGUGAAUACAGAGAUAAAGCAGUGGUACACACGAAUAAUUCAUAACCUAUAGUUACUAUUUUUAGCUUAUUGGCGACUAUUGUACAAGUUAUAAUUAUUAUUAUCAAAUCUUUUAAAUAAAUAAAUUAGCACGGAAUAUG